UAGUUUUCCAUGUGGUUGUGGCAGCUCCUUUGGCCCCUAAUGUCUACUAAAUACUUUUUUUCUUUGCUUACAGUACAGACUUCAACUCCCAGAGGUCAGUGCAGCUCUGUGUAAUGGCUGCCAGCCAAUUGCUUUCACUUUCACUAUCUGUGUACAUGCUGUGUUGUAAACAGUAAGCCUCACACACUACAUGUCUUUGCUUUUAAACUAUCCUUUCCCCCAGCAAUAAAUCAUGCUGUGCUCUGAAUGGCAGCAGUCUACUCUUACUGAGGAGACAAGGUGGAUUUGAGAUUUACAUAUUUCUCCCACUCCCUGCAUGUAAGUGACAGCUGAAAGAGGAAAACUGUUCUAUAUAGCUAAUUAAUGAUAUUUAGACAAACACAUAGCUUGGUGAGAGGGAAAGGAUGGGCUAUGAUUUUGGUUUCCCAGAGCCCCCUUUAAGUGUUUCCCAAGCGCAGUCCUCAAGUACCCUCAACAGGUCAUGAUUUCAGGAUUUUCUAUACAGAGAACACUUGUGAUGAUGCCUAAUGAACUUGCCAUAGCUAUAUCACCUGUUAAAGACUAAGAAAAUCCUGAAAACAUGACCUGUUGGGGGCUGCGCUUGGGAAACACUGUACUAUUCCCUCACACAAAUCCAUUUUGGGUUGAGGUCCAGUGACUGAAUUCUACAAAGACAAUGCAUCCCCUGUGUACCUGAUCAUCUGGAAUUCAAUGUGAAGGAGCGUAAGUCAAGAGAUGGAAAAUGUUUUAAUUCUCUUCAUUGAACUCAGAUGUCUACUUACUGGAAAUGAUUACAUUCUUAUGAAGAAGUUUGGAGGCUGUUUAGGAAGGAGCAGUCAACAGAUGCCAUGUGGGGCUCAUACUGCCACUCCAUCAUUAAAACAACACAGAUGGAUCAGUCAGCGGAUCCUAGACGUCGCCAACAAGAUCACCCAGCUGUUGACUGGAGAGGUUCCUAUAAGAUAUGAGGACAUCAUGAUCUGUUUCACAACAGAGGAGUGGAAAUAUGUAGAAAAACAUAAAGAUCUGUACAAGGACAUCAUGAUGGGCAACCAAGUAGUGGGAGAUCAUAAUAUUAAUAGCAUUGAACAUACUUUAUCGGAGAAGAUUGGUGACUCCCAGCCUGUGGACAUAGAUGGGGAUAAUGUAAGACAGAAAAUAUUGCAUCUAACAGAAGAGGUUAUUCACCUGCUGACUAAAGAGAAAUACAUACUAAUAUGGAGCCUUCCUAAUCACACCACUCCCAGUAGCAGUGCUAAUAUUACAGGUUCAUCCCCAUUGCUGGUACAUGAGAGGAACAAAGAUGAGAGGACCCUAGAACUCGUCCACAAGAUAAUUAUUUUGCUGACUGGAAAGGUUCCUAUAAGAUAUAAGGACAUCACAAUCUGUUUUUCCAUGGAAGAAUGGGAGUAUGUUAAAAGACACAAGGAUGUCUACAAGGAUAUCAUGAUGGACAAUGAAAGAGAUGAUAACAGACAGCCUUCCUCUGAAAAAUACAUAAGAAAAAAGCCAGAGAAAUGGACUAAAAGCAGGACAAAGAAAAGUCACCUGGUGAACAAUGAACCACGCCAAGUUACAGAAAAUUCUUCAUGUACCAAUUCAGAACAACUUAAUGUUACAAAACAUAAAAAGAUUCGGAAACGAUCAGUAACUUGCGAUAAAUGUGGAAUACCACUUCAAAAAUCUGACAUUAUAAAUUUGAUGGAUCAGAUAGCGGUUAAUGAUUCAAGCAACAAAGCAAGCUAUAAGUUCUGUAGACCAUGUCUUCAUAAACAAUCUUCUCAUACAGAUAAGGGAAACAGAAUCACAAAAAAGAAACCAUUUGCUUGUACGGAGUGUGAGCGUUCUUUUUCAAAUAAGUACAAUUUCAGAAACCAUUUGAAGUUUCAUACUGGAGAAAGUGUCUUUUCUUGUCCAGAAUGUGAUAGAGUUUUAGAAACUGCCAACAGUCUUGAGACUCAUAUGAGAGUCCACACAGGAGAGAAACCUUACAAAUGUGAAAAAUGUAACAAAUCUUUUUCUACCACAGGGAACCUUAAAGCCCAUUACAGAGUACACACUGGAGAGAGACCCUUCACUUGCUCUGAAUGUGACAUAACAUUUACUUAUAAGUCACAUCUUGUUUCCCAUCAAAAAUUCCAUACAGGAGAAACACUGAAAUGUUCCGAGUGUGGAAAAGAGUUUGUCUACCAGUCACAUUUUUUGAAACAUCUUCAAAUUCACACAGGGGUGAAACCGUAUAAGUGUUCGGAAUGUGAAAAAAGUUUUCAUCGAAGUUACCAUCUUUAUUUACAUUCGAGGAUUCACACAAAUUCAAAGCCAACUUUUAAGUGUGAAGAAUGUGGCAAGUGUUUUCAGACCCGUUCUGGCCGUUUAAGACAUCAGAAGACUCAUUUGUGAGAGGCCAUUUUCUUGUUCAGAAUGUGGCAAAGGAUAUGCACACAGGAGUAGCCUACCAUAUUAUAGAAAGAUCCAUUUUGUGGAGAAGCCAUAAACAUGUCCAAAGACAUGUCAUGAAAAGAAGUUAUAGAGGUGCAAAUUUUUAGGGGGUUUAGUUGAUCAUCACUUAGCAUGUACAUAACUGAAGAUUAAAGUGGUACUCUGGGGAACUAAACCCAUCCUUUCC